GGGGGAACGACAUCACUUAUCCACAACACAUCCAUUCACUUUAGGGAAACUCCUCGCUGGAAGAAGUUAGAAGGAUCUGCUCUGUUCAUCAGAAGAACAUCACUUCUUUACGCUGAUCAUUUUUGCACAUAUUUGUUUGAAGACUCUUUUUUUAAAGCGUUUCUUCCCACCAAGAUAAACAAUGAGGUUUUUGAUAUUUGCUUUGGGUGCGAUUCUUUCUCUCUGUCAGAUUGGAAGAAAUCCAGUCAGUGCGGGGAUGUGCUGGUUGCAGCAGGGUCCAGACCAUCGGUGUGACAUGGUGCUGAUGAGAGAGGUGAGCAGAGAGGAGUGCUGUUCUGGGGGCCGUCUGGACACAGCGUGGUCCAACACCAGCCUGCCCCUAAACGAAGUCAGUCUGUUCGGCUUCCUGGGUAUUGUCUCCUGCAAACCAUGCAAAGACUCCUGCGAGGGGGUCAAAUGCAGCCUUGGGAAGGUUUGCAAGAUGAAAAUGGGAAGGCCUCAGUGUGUGUGUUCUCCAGACUGCUCUCACAUUCAGAGAAAGCACGCUGUGUGUGGCAGCGACGGCAGGUCGUACAAGGAUGAGUGUGCCUUGCUGAUGGCCCGCUGCAUGGGACACCCAGACCUGGAAAUCAUGUACCAGGGCGAGUGUAAAAAGUCAUGUUCCAGUGUUGUGUGUCCGGGACCCCACACCUGCGUCACUGACCAGACCAACAGUGCUCACUGCGUCAUGUGCCGUACCACGCCAUGCCCCACACCUGUGACAUCUGACCAGCAGAUCUGUGGCAAUAACAACAUCACCUAUCAGAGCGCAUGCCACCUCCGCAGGGCCACCUGCUACCUUGGCCGCUCCAUAGGAGUCCGCCACUAUGGCCAUUGCAACAGUUCACCUCGGAAUUCUCACAAAUCCAGGGACAGCGAGGAGAACGCCGUGUAAACGUUUCCUCUGGCAGGAUCUGAGCUGAUUGACCAUGACGUCACACCACUAGUUCCCCAAAAUGACCUCUUCAGUUUGACAAUCCCUUCUAUUCUCCUCGCUUGGGACCAAAAGAUCACAUUAUGAAAAACCCAACUGUUUUGUGAGAGGCUGAUAAAUGUGUCUUUGUAUGGAGUAGUUUGGGAGAUGUGUGCAUAUUGUAAAUAGAUUACCAAUACUAUUUAUUGGAGAAGGUAUAAAACUCUAUUUAUGAUUAUUUUUCCAAAUAACAAAUUCACUUAACCAUGGGAAAGAUGAUCAAUCAUAUAUAUAUUGUUUUUGUUUAAAAUUCAAUCAUUUUCACAGGUUUAGGUAAUUAACAUCUUUUCAGUUUACACCCUAUGAAACCUGUAUUUUCUUAUGGUGGUUAGAGACAGCGCCAAAACGCCUUGAGAGCUCAAACCAAUUAACUCUCAGUCAGCUUGGUUGUAUUUCACCACAAACAACAUAUCUGCUAUUCUAUUGUAAUUUAGCUUUAGUUUGUGUGCAGAGGAAGACAAACCUGUGCAGUCAUGCCCCUGCCUCCCUCCUCCUGCAUGCACUGGGGGGGGGUUUACAAAUCCAGAUCCAGGUCCAAGCUAUUCACCACCCACAGUUCACCAAAAUUAGGACCAUCUUUUUUUUUUUGUUUGUUUGUUUUUUUUAUUGUGGGAUCCCAGUGGAUAUGUUGGUACAAAUCCCAGCCCUGUAAAAUGCAUAUUCUGUUUACUGCUUGGCUUUGUUUGCUAAUGCAUUUUUGGAGGUCGUGCAAGUUUGCUCAGAUGCUGUUUUGCCUCUUUGAUUGGAUUGGGCUUUUUUUUUUUUUUAAGCGUCUACCAGACAGAAA